AUGUUUGCCCUUGCUUCAGUAUCAAAUUUCCAGAUUUACGUCACUAGAUUGAUAUGGUUAAAUCAAGAGAAGACCGGCUACCGGGAUCCCGAAAAAUCUCACGACUGCCAGAUGUUCCACGAUCUGAGAUUGAGCGAUGUGCGCGACCACGUGGGCCAUUCUUGUGACUUCACUCAGCAUCCUCUUCUCAAAAUUCAAAUGAUGACGAUACUUUGGAUCGAUGACCCCACCCCGCCUCUGCGUGUACUGACUAGUUAUGCAAUACGUGGAUCGAAAUGUGUUUUACCGCAAAUUCCGAGAAAACCAAAAGCUCUUGCAGAGAGGGAUAUAGCGAAGGGGCUCAGAAAGAUCUUUGCUGACGCUGGCUCUGCCUUUUCCGGUUGGCACAAAAAAACAGCUAUUUCCUGGUAUCUUUGA